AUGCCUCUGCUCAAACUGUCUCGUCCCAAGGCCCUGGUGCCCGAAAAGCUGUCGCCAGAUGGUUUGGCUCUUCUGCGUAGUGAACUGGAUGUCCACGAACGGAAAGAUCUGAGUGCCGAUGAAUUAAUUCAAAUUAUCCCCGAAUACGAUGCGCUGCUCGUCCGCUCUGAAACUAAAGUCACUGCCACGGUGCUCCGAGCUGCAAAGAACCUGAAGGUUGUAGCGCGUGCCGGUGUUGGAGUUGACAAUGUCGAUGUAGAAGAAGCUACAAAGCUCGGAAUUGUGGUAGUCAAUUCUCCUUCGGGAAACAUUGGUGCUGCUGCUGAGCAUACAAUCGCAUUGAUGAUGUCCAUGGCGAGGAAAAUCCCCGAGAGCUGUGCUAGUUUGAAAGAUGGAAAGUGGGAACGGAGUAAAUUCGUGGGUGUGGAGGUGAAGGGGAAGACUUUGUCGAUUAUUGGCCUAGGAAAAGUGGGCUCAACGGUAGCACGACUGGCCAAGGGAUUGGGGAUGAAUGUGAAUGCCCUCGAUCCAUAUGCAUCUCCCGCAGUUGCAGCUUCAGCCUCGGUCACCCUUGUAUCUUCACUCCCAGAGUUGCUGGCAUCUGCCGAUUUUCUAACAAUUCAUACACCACUCAUUGCCUCGACCCGGGGAAUGAUUGCAGAGACUGAACUGGCACAGCUCAAGCCAGGUGCCCGCGCACUGAACGUGGCCAGGGGCGGAACCUUUGACGAAGAUGCACUGCUUGCAGCACUAGAAUCGGGGCAUCUUGCUGGUGCUGCUAUCGAUGUGUUCACCUCAGAGCCUCCUGCACCUGAUUCAUCUGCAGCACGGCUGAUCGCACACCCACGAGCAGUUGUCACACCCCACCUGGGUGCCUCUACCGUAGAAGCACAAGAGAACGUUUCAGUCGAUGUGUGCGAACAGGUACUUGAAAUCCUGCAAGGAUCAUUGCCGCGCAGCGCUGUCAACGCACCCCUAAUUCUACCUGAGGAAUACCAGAAGCUGCAGCCUUUUGUGCGCUUGGUUGAGAAACUUGGUAGUCUAUAUACUCAGCACUAUGCAGCCUCCCCUGGCGGAGCCAUGGCCAGGAACACGUUUGACUUAAUAUAUCAAGGCGAGUUGGCUAGUAUCAACAACACGAAACCGCUCUUUGCCGCUCUGAUCAAGGGUCUUCUUGCCCCUAUCAGUAGCAUGGAGGGGCUUAAUAUUAACAUCGUCAACGCUGAACUCGUGGCUCGGGAGCGUGGCAUAUUUGUCUCAGAGCAACAUUCCCGUGACCCAUCGGAUCACUCAUCCUAUUCGUCUCUGGUCACUCUUGUUGCACGCCCUCCUUCCCGGGCAUCCUCCCGCGCUCCGGCCUCGGGUGACGCCUCUACAGGGCCAACUCUUGACUACCAUCAACGAAUCAUUUCCGGUACCUGCUCUGGUGACCAGCCUCUUAUCACUCGCAUAGGUCGAUUUGAGGCUUCAUUUGAACCAGAAGGGACUUUGUUGAUUUGUGAGAAUUAUGACUCGCCAGGCCGGAUCGGGGUUGUGGGUAACAUCCUUGGUCAGGAAGGUGUCAACAUCAAUUUCAUGGCUGUGGCCCCCGUCUCACUCAAGUUGGUCAAUGAAACACCCCAGAAGUCUCUUGUGGCAGAUGGGAGCUCUCAAGACCCACCUGCCAAAGGCCGGUUGUUCAAGGAAGCCUUGAUGAUUCUAGGAAUUGACCGGGUGGUCCCCACUCAUGUUACUGCUGCGCUUGCCAAAGAAAGUGGAAUAUUGAGUGCUUGUGCUGUUACUCUUUGA